GGCCGUGCGCGGACGGACGUGCCGGGAGCGCCGCAGCCGCCCGCGCCGCCCGCAGCCCCGCCGCACCGCUGCUCCCGGGCCGCGCCCGCCCGGCGCUCGCCAUGGUGUCAUGGAUCAUCUCCAGGCUGGUGGUGCUUAUCUUUGGCACUCUCUACCCUGCAUACUAUUCCUACAAGGCUGUGAAAUCAAAGGACAUCAAGGAAUAUGUCAAGUGGAUGAUGUACUGGAUUAUAUUUGCACUUUUCACCACAGCAGAGACCUUCACUGACAUCUUCCUUUGUUGGUUUCCUUUCUAUUAUGAACUAAAGAUAGCAUUUGUAGCCUGGCUGCUGUCCCCCUACACAAAAGGCUCCAGUCUCCUGUAUAGGAAGUUUGUACAUCCCACACUGUCUUCAAAAGAAAAGGAAAUCGACGAUUGCCUAGUCCAAGCAAAAGACAAAAGUUAUGAUGCCCUGGUGCACUUCGGAAAGCGGGGCUUGAACGUGGCGGCCACAGCAGCGGUGAUGGCUGCUUCCAAGGGACAGGGCGCCUUGUCGGAGAGACUCCGGAGCUUCAGCAUGCAGGAUCUCACCACCAUCCGGGGAGACGGUGCUCCUGCUCCCUCAGGCCCCCCUCCAUCGGGGACCGGACGAGCCGGCGGCAAACACGGCCAGCCGAAGAUGUCCAGGAGUGCUUCUGAGAGCGCUGGCAGCUCAGUAUGCACCUGCUGCUCCACCUGCAGGACCCGGAAAGUGGUUGAGGGAGAUGUGAAUGAGGGUGGUGUGAAGGCAUGGGAGCCCCACCAGGUCCAAAAGCCAUUGGCGUUUUCUGACGAGGAAGAGGAAGACCUGCUGGAGUUCAUGUACAAGUAUAAGACAACUCGAAAGACGGUGCCACCACUGGAGGCACCGCCUAGACUCCUUCGAUCUCGCUUCAGGAAGAAAAGUACCUCAUCCUCGGCCACUGAAACCACGUGAGUGAGAUGAACCAACAACACAGGAUCCACGGAACGUUUCUCCUCUGCCUUAAAGAGCUAUUUAUGAACAUAGACAUCUGCAAGCUGGUGUGUUUCAUGCGCAGCCUCACACAUGGCCUUUCCGCCUCCCCCCAACACUUUAAGGACCCCCCCCCCUUUCCUUUUCUUUAUUUGCUGGGGAGAAGCUAGAAGGAAAGGUAAGAUGUGUGUAGGGUGUGACCUUUGAGUCUUCUGAGGUUUGUAAUUUUCCACAAUUGGUUUGUCAUCGCAGACAGCAGAUUUUAGAGACUCCCCGCACUGCUGAGAUGUAUAUUUGUACUUUAUAUGUUGCAUACUUUGUUUUCAGUCCUGUAAAUGCAAAGCAAUUUUUUAAAAACUUUUUUGUUGUUGUUGUUAUUGUUCUUGGUACUAAUACUUUGGACUAUGAUGUACAUAUUUAUGGCUUUUGGCUUAACAGAAUGGAUUUGCAAGGGCUGCCAGAGGUUCUGCCAUGUAAGGAAACAGCAACACUGCAAAGUGUAAAAAUGUUAUUUCGAGCCUAGCAAAUGUCUCGGAUGUGCUUACAAGGCUUCCUAAUAUUACCGCAGGAAACUAUCUCUUUUUCUGCAGGACAAUGGUCCACUUUUUUUUUUUUUGACAACUCUGUCCAUACAGAGAGAAGUUUAGAGUGGAGAAACAGUUUAGCAACAAAAAUGAGUGUGAGGAGGUUGGGAAACAGCUGGGAAUGAGAAAAGAGAGAGAAGAAAUACAGGAAAGUGUGGUUCUGGAUCUCCCUUUGGAUUUAGGAUUACAAACUCCCCCAGAGCACUUCCUUUUGUCUCAGCAGGUAGAUCUCACCCUUGGUCAAAUUUCUUGGGGAUUUACAAGUUGUUGUUAGAAGUCAUGUCAAGUGUUUCCAGAGUGCUUGACAUUUCAGUGAUGAUUUCUCCUUCCCAGUAACCAGUGCCAUGACUAAUUCCCCUGGAGUGGGACCCUGUGACCUGGAUGCCUUGUUUUACAGACACUAAGAAAAAACCCAACCAACAUUAGAACUCUGAGAUACGCUGUGGAAAACAUCGGGACAGGCGCCAGGCAGUGCACAUGUUGGCUACUAGCAAGGUCUCAGAGGUCUUUAUGGCUGUGACCAGUGGCCCUGCUCCUCAGGCAGCUGGAACCUUCACACACCUGUUUGUUCCCUGUCAGAUUUGGGUAGAGUGUGAAGGAGCAAGGUCUCCCACUUGGGCAUGCCUGGGUCUUCAUGGGUGUUUAACACAAGCCUCGCUUGUUUAGUCAAAUAAAGCAUGAUCUGAGGGGACUCACUGUUUAGGUUGGGAAGUUUCCCGGAAAGAAGGGUCUGAUGUCAAUAGCGUUUUGGUCUAAAGGUGGCUACUCUUCCCUUGAGAGCCAAGCCUAAACAUAGGCCUCGUAUACUUGUGCUUAGAGUUGGUGUUUUCCUUCAGUGUAAUGCAUGCAGUGGUCACAACCCAGUUACUUCUUAAUACUUGGAUUGUGUUUGUUCAUAGAUAAGCCCAAAGACUAGAAAAUUAGUGUUAGGUACCACAUAGAAUUUACUGUCCACCAGCUACAAACGGCUAUUCCGUUACUAACUUUCAGAACGCACACUUUGAUCUACACUGGCUAAAUAUGAAUCACCUCAGAAAGGGUUUAACUCGAAGUUGAUAGUUGCCAGAGAUGUAUAUUUAACUGGAAGUGGAUCUGAAUUUACAAAAGGAUUUAGAAAAAUAACCCCCAAAUUUGUGUUUCAGAGGGCAGAUAGAGACUAUAUAUUGAUGACAGUGAGCCCCAUGUCCCCAUUACCUGUUAAGGGAAACAGAAAAUGUUUUCUUCAAGCUCAAUGAAUGGUUUCAGAAUGAAGAAAAUAUAGACUGUAAAAUGUAUUUACCUGGAGUCAGAGCUAUAGUAUAGCAGGUGGGUGCUUGCCUUACACACAGCUGACCAGAGUUUGAUCCCCAGCAUCCCAUAUGAUCCCCCCUUGCCUGCCAGGAAUGAUCCAUGAGUGAAGAGCCAGGGGUCACCCCUGAGCAUAGCUGGGUGUGGCACUAAAUAAGUAAAAUGUAUUUAUCUGUCAUUGGAAACAUUCAGAAUCAUCAGGAAAAAAAAAAAAAAGCUUAGCUAAAGUAGAUUUUUUAAAAUGAAACUUUUUUGCCAAAAUAAUGCCUUUAGCUGUAGAGAUUCAGACCCUAUUGUGAAAAAGCUAUAUUUUCACCGUUUUACAGUGCAAAGUUUUAAUAAGUACAGGCUAUAAAGUUUGCACUUAACUAUGCCAAAAACAAGUUUUGAAACACUAGUCUCAGACAUGCUGUAUUACUUCUCAUUCAAAAUGUAAAACAAAUAUAUAUAGGUAUCCAAAUUGCUGUCUUAAUGUAAAUGUACCUAUUUUUUUUUUCUUUCAAGUGUUGAUUAGGGAGUAGUUUUCUCUCUUAAAAACACUCACUGUACAAUGGAGAGCAGCUGUCAUAUUCUGGCAAAAUGUGUUUACCUCCUCCACAAGCUGUAUAUUUGUGUGUGAACUGACAUAAAAUGUGAAAGCCUUUGCUUAGCAGUGUGGUGUUCUGUCUAGAGGUUACAUCUGUCUUUAGAGAAUACAACUGUCUUUGAUUUGCUGACCUGCAGACACAGGCUGUUUACAAACUGCAAGCUGGAAAAUCUGUACUUUUCCUGUAACAACUUUUUAUUCUUUCCCAUUGAGCACCUGUUCUGAUUCUGAGGCAAUGAGAUAAGGUGUGGUACUUAGAAACUGGAGAGUUUAGCCCUAAUCCCUCCUGGCUUUGUGUGAAUAGCUUGCUCACUUUUGCUGGCCUUUGAAGUGUGUGUACUCCGUGAUGAACUGUCCAUGUAUAUGUAAUAACAGUGCUUGUCAGCCAUGACCAUCACCGAGCUCUGUCCUAGUUCUUCACCUUGCACAGUGUUUGAAAUGGCAAAGGAUGUGCUUCAUUCUCCAACAGCACGCUGCAGAGAGCUGGCGUUCUGGACCGUGACUGUGCAUAUUUCCCCAGUUUCUUUCUGUAGCCCCCUUAGAACGAUCUUGUAAUAAGGUAGUGUACUGGACUGUGCAUCAAAGGGAUGUAAAAUAACAGUAUUCCAAAGGUCGAAGUUCUGCUGUUUUGUUAUGAUGCUUGAUAUACAUCUUGAAUAAAGUCUUAACAUUUUUCUUUUAAAAA